AUGCAGCAUAGACGGAAGCAAUCAUUGAUCGUUUUGCUAUUGAGAUCCUUGUUUGUUGGACAACUCUUUUUGAUAGCAACAAAAGCGCUCUCCACACUUCAGAAACCGUUUGUAUCUCAAGUCACAGCAUGGCUCAACGACGAAGGAAUCUCAUGGUGUCCCGCUGAUGUUCCUGUUCAGUUUCAGUCGCCAUCCACAGCCUUCCUAAAGUUGGAUUCAUCGUCCAUUCUUCUUCAUCUAAUUCCGACACCGACAAGUUUCAAUGAGACGCUACCGCCCAUAUUCAAUAAACGGCUCACUGAUUUGGUGUCUGCUACUGGUUGUGAAAAAGGCUACAGCAAAGUGAUCCACUUAUUUCAAGACGUCUGGAUUAAAAAGAAUGAGAUAGUAAAGGCUCGACUAUCGGUUCAAUCUGGGGAAGGAAAACAAAGGAGAAUUUUUGCACGGAAAACGACGGUUCAAAGAAUCAAUGCAACCUUUGCAAUGUCAUUCUUGGAGGAACAUCAUUUAUGGGGCGCAACUCGGGCAAAGUACUACUUUGGUCUAUUCCUGGAAUGUUCGGGCAACAACAAUUGUCAAGAGUUGGUAGCAGUUGCCACUUUUUCAGCUCGUCGACGAGUGAAGAGAGAUGGAUGGACUUUUAAGUCUCACGAGCUUCUGCGAUAUUGUGCCCAAAGGCAUGCAUUCGUCGUCGGAGGGAUUUCGAAGCUGUGUAAAGCAUUCAUUAACGAUGUCAAACCAGACGAUAUUGUUACUGUUGUUGAUAGGGACUGGGGAAAUGGAUCUGGUUGGCAUUCCAUCGGUUUUCAUACCGUGGCCACGAUGGAUCCACUUGCGAUGAUUGUCAACCCCAACGAACCUGGAUUGCGUCGUCACAUCGUUGGAAAUUGGAUUCAAGUCGAUGAUCUAAAGACAUUUUCUGAGGCAAACAGUAACUUUCGACGCUUAGGCUUGCCACGAGAAGUACUAAGCAAACUCAACACGACCAUUGAUGUAGCCGUCAUACAGAAGGAUUUGGCAAAGGAGAAUUUCUUUCCUGUGUACGAUACUGGAGUCGAGAGGCUUUUCUGGGUCAUCAAUUCGACGAUCCCAGGUUCUACACAAACACUAUGGCAAGAAUCAGAGCCGAAGUAUGCGACUAUGUAUUAUUCUGACAAUAUCGGCAUCAUGUCGCUACUAAGAGACGCUGCUGCAGUGUCGCGCCCACUGGAUUCACUACAAAGCAUCAAGGACGUAGAAUCGUGGAAGGCAUCAGGUGUUGCGCGCUCUGCGAAAUUGAUCUUUUCUGCUCCAUCAUCGAUGGAUCCAGAUGCUACUGUAGAGGUACGCGAACGGGAAAAUGGAUGGCGAACUGUUGGCAUUGUCGGUAGCAAGAAAAAUCCAAGCAUCUAUCACAGCAUGUACAGGGUUGCCAGGAAUGAUCAGGUGGAGCCAGACGUGAUAGUUUCAGAGUUCAUUAAAACAAUGGCUGUAGUAGCUUUAGCAGGAACUCACCAAGAAAAAGACAAGAAGACUACAAAGUUUUUACACUUUGGGUUUGGUGCUGGGACUCUUGUCCGAUAUCUUGCAAAUAAGGUCCAGAAUAGCCAGCAUGUGGCAUUAGAGCUUGAUCAUGGGGUUGUCGAUGCGGCAAAACAGCUGAUACCAGACUGUCCAAACGUCUCAAUCCUUUCGCAAGACGCGCUCCAAUUCGUUGCCGAAGCAGUGGGACAAAAUGUUGAACCUUUUGACUGCGUAUGCAUUGAUGUUUUCGAUGAAGACCUUAAGGUUCCAGAAGAGUUCUACUCUCCUUCGUUUAUGACCGAUCUCUCUGAUAACCUUCUCUCUGCAGAUGGUAUUCUGGUUCAGAAUUUUCACAGCGGAGGCAAAAGGCGAGAGACAAUCCUCCAAAAUGCUGCGAGAGCCUCCUCAAAAGUGUUCCCAAACUCUUGCUUUGUUUUCAGUCUGGAUAGCAAACCAAACGGUGGGAAUGCUGUGCUGUUUGCAUCACACCGUCCGUUUAACUCAAACGAUGGUGACGAUAUCUUGCAAACACUCUCGCACAACGCUUUUCUAGUUCAGCAGAAAUUCGGAUUGUCCUUUGACGCAGUUGCUAGAGUUCAAAAUGCAAGGAGAAUUGCAUAG